GUGUGACGCAGGCCUGCGGGGCCGGGGGGAUCUGGGCCUUCCUGAGCUGCCCCCCCGAGGACGAGUGCGAGAACGGGCACCACACCUGCGGCCCCAGCCAGGUGUGCCGCGACCUGCCCGAGGGCUUCACCUGCGCCUGCCGGGCCGGCUACAGCGCCGACAGGUGUGCUCCAGGUGUGCCGCAGAUCCACACCUGGGUGUCGGAGGGCCCCAGCGAGGCGCAGGCCGUGUGCGUGAACUGCCAGAACAACAGCGUGGGGGACAGGUGUGACACCUGCCGGGCGGGGUUCUUCCUGCUGGACGGCACCUGCACCAGGUGCCAGUGCAACGGGCACGCCGACACCUGCAACGAGCUGGACGGCACCGGCUGCCCCUGCCAGAACAACACCGAGAGCGGCGCCUGCCCCGAGCGGCGCGACUGCCACCGGCACCAGUGCUCCAAGUGCCGCGACUCCUUCCAGGGCCACCCGGUGGGCGGGCAGCAGUGCUACCGGCUGCUGGCGGUGGAGCAGGAGUACUGCCUGGACGCGGCGUCGCAGAGCCACUGCUUCCCGCCGCCGCAGCGCCGCCCGCUGCCGCCCGGCCGCUCCGUGCCCUUCGCCGUGCAGCCCAAGUUCACCAACGUGGACAUCCGCGUCACGCUGGACGUCACCUUCGGCGCCGUGGACCUCUACGUGGCCACCUCCUACGACACCUUCGCCGUGGACGUGGAGCUGGGCACGGGCUGGCACCGCGUCAGGGUGCAGGCGCCCGGCGGGCCGCCGGGGACGCCUCCUGGUGGCCCUGGAGGUCCCAGAGGGGAUUUUGGUGGUCAAACUGGUGAGCCCGGAGCUUCUGGUGGUCCAGGACCCCCCGCCCAGCCCUCGCCCAGCCCGGGUCCCCCUCCCCUCGUGGAGGAGCGCGCCCAGGGCUUGGUCACCUACCUGACCGUCGGCCACCCCGUGCCCGCCCUGGUGGUCCGGGGGGUCCGCGACCGCCUGGUGCUCACCUACCCCCACCAGGCCCACCCCCUGAAGUCCACGCGGUUUUACCUGCUGGUGGUGGGCGGCGCGGAGCCCUCGCAGGGGCUGCUCUUCUUCCGGCAGGACCAAGCGCACAUCGACCUCUUCGUCUUCUUCUCGGUCUUCUUCUCCUGCUUCUUCCUCUUCCUGGCCGCCUGCGUGCUGCUCUGGAAGGCCAAGCAGGGCCUGGACGCGCGGCACGAGCGGCGCCGGCACCGCCAGGAGAUGUCCAAGAUGGCGGCCAGGCCCUUCGCCAGGGUCACCGUGUGCUUCCAGCACUGCGGCCACCGGGAGCGGCCGCUCGGGGCUGCGGGGGGCGGCUGCCAGAACCCCGGCGGUGGCUAUCAAAAUCCUGGGGGUGGCUAUCAAAAUCCUGGG